GUGAAAACCGCCAAAACGCCCGAAAUGAGAUGCUCCAAACCGCAAAGUCCUUGUCCGAGAAAGGACUAACUGUCAACGAAACGUUCGUCCUUCACCUCUUCCUGGAUGCCCUUUCGGACGAGUAUGCCAUGACAAAGCACAACCUGCGACACGCGAAGGAGUUGACGCGGACCGGUGUGCUAAAGAAAGUAAUGAUCGAAUACAAGGCGAUCAAGGACGAGCUGGAGCAGGGGAAAGGAAAAGGGGCGAAGGGCGCAAAGCAAGCGGGCAAGGUCGUGGUCGUGGCGGCGGCCGUGACCGCAGCAACAGUCGUGGCCGCGGCGGCGGCGGUCGCGGUGGCCGCUCAGGCGGCUCCGGAGGAGUCGAGGAGAGCAAGGGAAGCAGCAGUGGAGGCGCCGAUGACGACGGAGGAGGCCGUCCUAGCGCAAGUGGUGGAGCAUGAGGGCGACGUGGACUCCGUGGAAGACCAGGCGUUUUGAGCCGGGGCAGUCCCCCCAGGCGAGUGUGGUACCGUUGGUGAAGUAGGUCUAGUGGGGGUUGUGGAACAAGGCCAGGCGGUGUACGUGGCCGACACAGCGGCCACGUGCUCCAUGUUCCGAUGUGCAGACAACUUCGUGAACUACCGUGAGCGUAGCGGUUGGGUGAAGGGGAUCGGAGGCGACAAGGCCCCCGUUCCUCUUCUAGGAUACGGAGAUGUGACCUUAGUCCUACAGACGGAAGAUGGUGGAGUACCCGUACCAGUACUGAAUGCUGCCCAUGUACCAGAGGCCCCCUACAACCUCCUCUCGCUGUCUUCGUUGGCGGAGGAGGGCCACACGUAUUCGGGGAUUAAGGGGGGCCUCAUGCUGACCACGAAAGCCGGGGGGGAGGUGUGGUUCCCCCGGACUGGAAAGCUGCUGGAGGCUAUCAAGUAAAGCCAACGCUACACACCGCCUGUGCUGCACUCAUUGUUCCUGGCGAUGCAAAAGCAGCCAACCCCACUGACCUCAACGAGUAACACCUCGCGCACGGCCAUGCCCACGAGACAUUGGUCAGGAUCACGGCGGAGCAGCAGGGAGUGCAGCUGACGGAUGGACCGCUGCUACCCUGUUUUGGCUGUUCGAUGUCCAAGGGACAGGUGAAACCCGUCCAGAAGAGCACGAGCACACGCGCACUGCUACCUCUUGCAGAUGACGAAAAGGGCGGGGAGGGCGAGAGCAGAGCGGAUGCAUCACGCCAAGGUUGGGGGGGAGAGAGAGAUUCAGAGAGUGAGUCCGACCUCGACGUGAUGGAGGCUCGUGGGCCAGGGCAAGCGACGCCGUUUGUGCGCGAGGAGACGCCGGCGGCACCCGGCAACGGGAUUCCGGGGGACGGAGGCAGCGUUCCCCCGUCGCCUCCUUCGGGAAGGGGUGACUUCGGCGGAGGCAGUGACAGCCCC